GCGGAAGCGCUGAACGCGAAGUGCGGCGGGAGCGCAGUGGCCGGCAGCGCCGUGGCGGCCAGCGUCAUGGCUGCUCACACUCGGGGCACCGAGCUCGACCUUAGCUGGAUUUCCAAAGUACAGGUGAAUCAGCCAGCAGUUCUGAGGCGGGCACAACAAAUUCAGGCUCGAAGAACCGUGAAAAAGGAGUGGCAAGCUGCUUGGCUCCUGAAAGCUGUUACCUUUAUAGAUCUUACUACACUUUCAGGUGAUGAUACAUUUUCCAACAUUCAAAGGCUCUGUUAUAAAGCCAAAUAUCCAAUCCGGGAAGAUCUCUUAAAAGCUUUGAAUAUGCAUGAUAAAGGCAUUACUACAGCUGCCAUUUGUGUUUAUCCUGCUCGGGUAUGUGAUGCUGUAAAAGCACUGAAGGCUGCAGGCUGUGAUAUCCCUGUGGCAUCAGUGGCUACUGGCUUUCCAGCUGGGCAGACUCAUUUAAAGACACGAUUAGAAGAGAUCCGAUUAGCUGUGGAAGAUGGAGCUUCAGAAAUUGAUGUGGUAAUUGACAGGAGUUUGGUGCUGACAGGCCAAUGGGAAGCCCUGUAUGAUGAGAUCCGUCAGUUUCGCAAGGCCUGUGGGGAGGCUCAUCUCAAAACUAUCUUAGCAACAGGAGAACUCGGCUCUCUCACUAAUGUCUAUAAAGCCAGUAUGAUAGCAAUGAUGGCAGGAUCAGAUUUUAUUAAGACCUCUACUGGAAAAGAAACAGUAAAUGCCACCUUCCCGGUAGCUAUAGUAAUGCUACGGGCCAUUAGAGAUUUCUUCUGGAAAACUGGAAACAAGGUGGGCUUUAAGCCAGCAGGAGGUAUUCGCACUGCCAAAGACUCCCUUGCUUGGCUCUCUCUUAUAAAGGAGGAGCUAGGGGAUGAGUGGCUGAAGCCAGAACUCUUCCGCAUAGGUGCCAGUUCCCUGCUUACAGACAUUGAGAGACAGAUUUACCAUCAUGUGACUGGCAGAUAUGCGGCAUAUCAUGAUCUCCCAAUGUCUUAAAUUGGCGACCUGACCCAGAAAAGUUAUUUGCAACAAUGUUUAAAUUUUUAUUCUGCCUAAUUGCUAAAAUUAUGUAAUUGAAAAACAGGGAAAUAGGUAACUAACUUUUUUCCCUUAAAAUGUCCACUGAUCUUAGAGGACAAAUGAAAAAGCAAACUAAUCCACAUGUGGUACUCAUUUCAGGCAUGUCUGAAAUGGUCUUAAUUGCCAGAUGAUCUACACUAUUAAUUUUGUGAAGGUUUUACCCUAAAAACUCUGAGUAAAAUGUUUAUGAUAGCUUGGACAGCAUCAAAUUCUAAAGGGGGGGGGGGUUAAACUGUCCACAUGUGCUCCAGAAAAAAGAAAAGGAAAAAAAAGCAACAUCCCUGAGCUGCUGCUGUAAAGACUCCAGGAGUGACUACUGAUUCAGCACUAACUUCCCGCCACGAAAACCCGUCUUCAGUUUUUGCAAUGGAUGUGCUCUUUUAUUAACUGUUUUACUAAUGAAAUUUCUGAUACUGUUUUAUGGAAUUAUGAAUAUCAUUGAAUUUUUAAAAAUAAAAAGUCCCUGUAGUUGUUUCUUUUUUUUUAAACCAGUUUAAAUUACUGCACUAUGUAUUGAAAAAUUAAUCCAUUCAACAUAUAAAAAGGUUUCAUCA